GGUUUGAAACUUGACUAAAAAAAACCUGUAUGUGCGGACUGCGGCGAGGCUCAUAAUUUAGUGACCACACAAAAAAUAUCCACAAUUUUACUAAUCUGGGUAGAACCAAUUCUAGAAAUCACAAAGAAAUGAUAUUUCGGUUUUUUAUCAACUAUUUAUAACCGUAACACGAACAAAAACAUUAGCUUUGAAUACCUACUCAAAGCGAAAUGGAAGGCGAACAAUUUUCUCUUUGUUGGAAUAAUUUCCACGCUAAUUUGAGUUCAGGCUUUCACACUUUAUUUAAAGAUGAAGAUCUUGUGGAUGUGACUCUAGCUGCAGAGGGAAAGUUCUUGAAGGCACAUAAAACAGUGUUAUCAGUUUGUAGUCCAUUUUUUAAAGACUUAUUUAGAGUAAAUCCGUGUAAACAUCCUAUAGUCAUACUGCCUGAUGUAAAUUAUAAUGCCCUUUGCAGCCUCCUACAGUUUAUGUAUCAAGGUGAAGUUAGUGUUAGCCAGGAAGAGAUUCCAACUUUUAUGAGAGUUGCUGAAAUGUUGAAAGUUAAAGGAUUAACAGAUAACAAUCCGGCAGCAGCUACUUCGGAGACAAAUGGUUACACGAACAGUAACAGAAAUAAUUUUGGAUAUCAAGAUCAAAGACAAAACAUUAUGAAGAGACCUAGACCAGUAAAAAAGAUUAUUAGACCAAUUCAACAGUUAAGGCCUAUAGAAAGUCCAAAAUUAACAAAGUCUUCAUCACCUCACCAACCUCAAGUACCACAGUCCCAUUCACCAUCUACUGUGAAUCCUCCUGCAAAAAAGCCAUUAUUAGAAAAUGAUCAUCCACAAGUACCAAGCUCAACGACUACCCAACAAACUCAGUUAAGAUCAGAAGACUAUCAAGAACCUCUUAUUAAGCCAAAACUGGAGCCGAUUGAUCAUCAUGAUGAAGAAAAUACAUCCCAUUCAGGUGAAGAUCCUAAUAUGGAAUUAUCUAAUACUGCAGAAAACUCUCAAGGGGAACCUUCACCUUCUCAUAGUUUGGCAUCUUGGCCUCCUUUUGAUAUGCCACCACCGCCUUCUCAAGACUCAUCUUCUCCUGGUACGAUCCAGUGCAUCCUCGGAAAACGCGGCUGCCCUCGUUUAAUCGUUGACGGUUUCGUGUUUUAUAAAAAAAGCGUUUACAAGGGCAAAGCCUUCUGGUAUUGCAAGAAUAGUCGCACGCCCGAAAAGUGCCAGGCCGUUUGCUGGACGAUGAACGGCAAUAUAGUAAAAUGGCCCUAUAUGCAUUGUCAUCCUCCCAUACCGGAUAUAUUUAAUCCCGAAGAAGAUACCGAAGUACCUAUCGAAAAUUUGCAAGAGGUUUUGUGGCAGACUUCGUUUAAUUAGAAAUGUUUAUAUCAUACAGCUUUUAAAUGUGGCGUAUGCCACAUUUCAUUCAAAAUACUUCAUUUCUACUAAACGAGGUAUUGUUAUCAAUAACUUGAAUUGAAUAUGUUGGGCUGAAAAUAUGCGUAUUAUGAUGACAAAACAUUCUCACUCUUUAUAAUAGUAUUCAAAAUAAGCUGGACAAGUAAUAAAAUUAACUUAUAUGCUUGUAGAUCCAAUACACAAAAUUAAAAAAAUAUUCUGCUCAAAUAAAAUAUGCAAUUUUAGUCUUGGCCAACAAAAUAAAUUAUUUGUACUUGCGUACUUCCUUCUAGGAAUUGAAAAUUAUUAGAAUAUAAUACUGCCCCUGCCCUUCAAGAGUCAUGGAGUUUUAUUAUUCUUCUUCUUCUCAAAAUUGUCUAAUGAAAUAUUUUCCAUUAAAUCCUUUGAGAAAGAUAUUAUUUUAUAGGGUGUUUCCUCUUGUACAUUUUUCUUUGAAACCUUUUCACGCCCUAAGGUGACAUCAAUUAAGGAUCAGGCUACUUACGGCAAUAUCUCUAUGGUAUUGAACUUUAGUUGAAGAUUUGUAAUGAAAAUCGUGCUAAGUGCCAUGUAAUGUAAUUUUGAAAAAAAAACGUCAUGUUCUAAAAUUGCUUGACCUGAUAUUUUUGUUACUUUGUUUUCCAACAGAUAUACCACCUGAUUUUAGUUUUUAAUGUUUAACCAAAAUUUUUGGGAAUAUAUUUUUUAAUUUAAAAUAUUUUGUAAUAUUCCUGAAGAAAUGUAAGUACCAGCAUAAUUGAAUGAAAACUGAGUUCAGUAGGUGUUUGAAAAAAACAAAAAUUAUGCUAGACUCUUCAAAAAAGUUUAAGAAUAUUACUACUUAACGAUACUGGAAAUGGAAGAAAACGAGAAAAAGUUGAAAAGCGUUUUUUUUAAUUAAAAAAAAAACAUUACAUUACAUGAUCUCUCUAUUUUUUAGCCUAGAUUCCUUACUGACUUUGAGAAAAGAUGAAGAUGCCAUUUGAAAAAAGUGUGUUAUACAAUUUUCUACAUUCAAAAUCCGUGCCAAUUUCUGAAUAACUCGUAUAAUUUCUUAUUAUUUUGAACCCGACUUUCUCUAUUUCUUAAACCUUGAAAUAUCCUUACGUAUCGUUAUUUGGUGAUUCAUGAUUGUUGGUUACUCGUUUUUUUUUUGAAUUUUUCCGAGACCUGAUAUUCUUCUCAAUAUUUUUCUUUAUACAAUUCUAUGUAUGUAUGUGGAUAUUGGGGUGUCAUAUACACUGCGACCUAAAGGAUCUAUUGUGUUAAUCCCACUCCUUUUAGAAAGUCCAAAAUGUGGGAUGACUGUAGCGUCAGAGAUCAUUGUCUUUUAUUUCAUAGUAGUGUAGGACUGUGGAGGAUAGAAGUUUAGUCCUCUGUACAACAAAAUCUGAACUAAGUCUAGCGUCUUCAGAUGUCUGUUGAGGUGACAGUACCCCGAUAGGACUCCUGUUAGUAUUUGUAGAUCGUUCUUACUUAUGUUGAUACAUUCAGCAGAUCUACUCUACUCAGCUCCUGUAGAUUGUCUGAAUAAUUCGUUUUGCUCCUAUCUACCUUUUCCAGUGAUUUUUCCAUUAUUCUGUAGCUGAUGCCACAGAAGAGUUUGGGUCUCAUGAAGGACUUGUCUGCCCUCGCUUUAGCGAGCUCAUCAGCUAUUUAAUUUUUUAUUUUUCUUGACUAGCUCGUUUAACUUUUCUAGGCAAUCCCAAAUAAGUUUGGAUUUUAUGAUAUUAGAGCUUGAAUUUCUAACGGCCGCCUUGCUAUCGGACAGGAUGAUGAUCUCCUGUUUGGGAUUGAACUAGAUAAAUUUUUCAAUUGCAUAAAUUUCUGCUCCAGCUUAGUAUUGAGAUAAAUUUUUUCGCAAAACUAAACUUUUCCUAUGCUUUAUCCUGACGCAUGUCCCAGGUUUGCUCAUUACCUAGGGACGGUUUACCUUUGUCAUUUUUUUUUCAAUUUUAAAUUUAAUAUCGUCUUCCUGGGUUAAGCACAUUAAUUCAGCUGCUGGUCAUUAUUUUGUAGAUUUUUAUUAAGAUAUGUUUGCUAAGAAAUGUUACAACAUAGUUUAUUGUCUAAUUUAUCUAUAUACUUCCUCUAGUUUUACUGUCUACCAUUACUUCCAAGCAUUUGUUUGUUAUUUCAUCUGGAGCUCACCAUAUAUUUUAUCUUAUUUUGAUUAUUGUUGUGUUCUGUAUAUUUUUAAUUUUUGCUUAACUUGAUCAGGUCUUUUAUAAUCUUGUAAUGUCACUAACAGUACCAAGUCAUCUACAUUUUCCAUUAUCUGAGUUGUUUCUUUUAUUGCCUCCAUAGAUAUUUUUGUAGGAAAUUAAACGGCCUACAAAAAAGGUCUGAAAUAAUUUUUCGCUAAGUCAACUCGGUUAAAAGUUAUUCCCACUUUAAGUUCAACCUAAAAUAACAUAUGAUCACUCUCACAAUCUUUUAUAAUUUUUUACAUACAAAAAAAAUGUCUUAGAAACAUUUGUUAUAUAGCACGAUUCGAAUGUAAGCGUUAAAAACUGAUUCUAAAUAAUAAAUAAUUGAAUAAUAGACUGAAUCAAAUCAAAAAACUUCAGACUACAUUGAAAUCAUUUUUCAAAGCUUUCAUUCGAAUCGUGUUAUGUAACAUAAGUUUUUCUCAAUAAAUUUGGUAAGAAGAAAUGAGGAAAAUCAUGAAAAAUAUGUUGUUUUAUGUUUUUAACACCUUGAGCCCUGGUGCGGUCCAUAGGCCCUCAACUGAACUUUCCCCAGAGUGGUCCUAGGGACCACACGAUGUGUUUUAUUUUAAACCUUCUCCAUGGCCCAAGGUACUGCAUUUAAAGGUGUUUUACAGUUUGGUUGGACCGUCCUGAAACAUUACCCUACACUUGGUCCAUUUGAUUUUUUUUCACCAUCUUCAACUCCAUUGUAAAACAAAAAACCUUACUGUUCAUAUUUCUUUUUACUUUCUUCAACAUAUUUCAAAUAAUAUUUAUUAAAAUUAUUAAUUUGUGUUAUUUUUACAUAACUUGAACCUAUUUUUGGUAUAUUUUGUAUAUAAAAAUGAAACUUUAAUUUUAAAAUAAAUACAAUAACAAUCAAUUGUUGUUAUAAUCACAAUUAUUUAUGUUUUUCCUCAAAACACGGAAUACAAUAAUGUGGUUUUCCAAAAUAAAGCCUGCAUCAAGUAAUCACUUUUUUUACUUCGGAUUUUACAAUAAUUUUUUUUUAUUUUUUUUUCACAACACCUCACACAAUCUCUUCUCACCUUGUGACUUGGACCUUCUUUCUUCACUAGGCAAUGUUUUUUUUUGUUUUGGCGUCUCUUGAUCAGCCACAUCCAUAGUUUCUUUGUUAACUAACUUUUUUGGUACACUAAUUUGAAAGUCAGUAAUAGAUAUAUUCUUUUUUGUUAUUCUUUUAUAAAGAAUAUGGGCAUUUACCAUUGCUGUACCAAGUAACAGAUCAAUAGCAAUUUUCCUAUACCACUCCAACGUCCUUCUCAAGGAAGUGUUGUAGCUUGGCAUUUGAUCAGAGAUCUAUAGAAGAUUUGCUUUUGUUAUAGACGACAAUGUCUCGAGGUUUUACAAACAUUCUUGAUCGUCUGUCAAUGCUUACUGUCUCAUCCGCAUGCUUUGUAGAAAGCAUCAAGACGUCUCGCUUAUCCUUCCAUUUUAAUUUUGUUACCCCUUUUCCGUUUUUUUUGUUAGUCAUUUCAUGUUUCUUCAGCUUAUUCUGCAUAACGUCUAUGGGUGGUCCUUUCCUAUUUUUUCGCAAUAUUCCCAAUAAAUGGGUUUGGUUUACUAGCACUUUUCUGCUAACCCCAAAAUUGUAUAAUAAUUGUCUGUUACAAUUGUUCUUCCUUGGUCAAGAAAGUUUUCCGCCAGACUCAUCACAACCUUUGUGGGUACAGACAAUUUUAUUAUAAUAAAACUAUAAAAGAUUGUGAAAGUCAUCAUGUAUUAUUUUAGGUUGAACUUAAACUGCGAAUAACUUUUAACCGACUUAGCGAAAAAUUAUUUUAGAUCUUUUUGUAGGCCAUUUAAUUUCUUACAAAAAUAUUUAAUUAUUUUUACUACACAAUAAUUCGUUAAAUUCCAAAAAGAAUUCCCGUGUGAUUUAAAUGGAAAAUAAAAAAUCGCGAGGCACCUCUAAAUAUUGAUAUUAAGAGUUCAAACUUUUUUUUUUUCGUCAUAUUGGACGAUAUUUUCGUGGUAGCUAAAAAAAUAGAAGUUUUUUUAGCCCACCCUAAUGAAGAUGUAUUUUUAAUACACAUGCUGUUAAUAUUUUGAUUAUGAUGUUAAUAUUCAAAUAGGGUUUCAUUGAAUUGGCAUUGUUAUGACCCGUAAUUUUUAUAAGCACGCCACUUUUGGCCAAUCGUCUAACCGUCGAUCUAUUGGAGAAUGUUUUUUCUUUUGUAUUCAAUCCAAUCACUUCGGCAGAUAAUUUUGCCCAAUUUUGAAUUGUAUUUCUCCCAAUGGGCAUAUUAUAAUACGGGUGGUCAUUUUCGAAUUUUCAGAGGAGUUUCAUUCUUAGGAAUAAUCUGUUGAUUUUAAUAUUUGGGCCCCUUUUUGGCAUCAAUUUUUUAAAUAAUCUGGCAGGACAAACGUUGCUGUUGUUGUUUUCUAUUGAAAAUUUGUUUUCAGUACACAUUCUUGAACUACCUUGGAAAGUCUUGCUGAAUACAAGGUUAUAUUCAACUCGAUUUGUUACGAAACCAUCGUUGCUUCAUUCGAUACAAAAAAAGUCAGUCAAGCAAGCAGCAGCUUCCCCACCUCGCUAAGUUAAUUCUACCUCGGGUAUGUGAUAGAAUUUCCGUUGCAUACAUUCAGGGUUAUUUUCAUUCCAUAAAUUCAUCAUUUUCGUUACUUCUACGGAACUUAAUGCUGUCGAACUUUGUUUCCUUUUAAAGGGAUCUGAUUGCAGUUUUCGUCAUAUAGAACAAUAUUUUCUCCUCAUGCUAACAAUCCUUUAAAAUCAACGCCAAUACUUCCGCUGUCCGAUUUCCAUAUAAUUUAUAUUUUCUGGUAUUGCAAAAGUUCAUAAAUACUAUCCAUUUUUUAUCGUAAUCAGUAGUUUUUGGUAUAUUUGAUUUUAUAAUUUAAUUAAUAUUUUCGUCAGUAUUAACCAAAUGGUAACAUUUUGAAAUAUGGCAACGUGUAAACAGCCCAUAGGAUCUAUUUUAAUUAAGUUUUACUGAUUGGUUGUCUUCAAUCAGAUGAUUUCAAAUUAAUUGAUUUCAUUGGAUUGCUACUGGAGCAAAACAUUUUCAAAAAAAUAACUUGUUUAACUUUUUUUUAUUAAUGUUGAAUAUAACAUUCAUUGUUUUAUUUGAUGGUAAUCAUUUCGUUACUAUCCUCAUAUCCUUAAUAAGUUGACCUUCCAAACCAUUCAAUUUAUUAUUUUUCUUUAGCUUCUUGUAAUUUUACCAAUAUAUUCUCUUAGUUCCAUCAACGACCUUCGCAAAGGGGUGGUUAACCCGAAUAAUUACAAAAUGGUAAAUUCUCUAACUAAAACAAUACAUUUUUUUAAGGAAAAAUUGGAGGAUGAGGGUUUGGGUACUAACAAAUUAGAUCCAGUAAUUGCCUUUUCAAUCCUUACCCUUAAAAUAUUUCUCAGUGAUAAUUUUUUGAUAAUCAUAUUUUCUUUUUUGAAUAAAGCUGUUUGUAUUAGAUCAAAAUAAAAAAAAUCUACGAUGCUACUUUGUUUAGACUUGUAAGUUUUAAAUUUUCCAUUUAUUUAAUGAUUUUUUUGAAUAUUUAACAAAAUAACCCUCGACAAAAAGAUGGUUUGAUCCUUAAACUAAAAGGUGAAAAAUAGUUCUACUUUUCAAUAUUAUAUAAAAAGCUUGUUUGGAAAUUGAGAGACAAAUCAAUUCAAAGUCCUUAGGUUUCAAGUGCAGUUGGUCUUGUUGGUGUUCCUCAAUUUUUUGUGCUCACAGAUGACCAUCAUUUUAGUACAAUUAUUAUUAUCUCGGCCCAUUCCGUUAUAUAAUCUCCUCCUGUCAAAAUUACUAAUACAGUAAUAAUUUUUAUGUCUUCUCUAGCCAUUUUGUUGUGCUGAACACAAGAAAACGAGCUCGUGAUAUCAAACAAUAUCUGUAGUAAUCGGCUUUCAUUAACAUAUUUCUUCAAAAAAAAAAAUAGUUUUUUGUCAAAGUUGAUAUUGUUAUCUUAGCCUGUUCAAAAUAUUGUCAUGAUGUCGCCAAUACAAGAAAUUCUUCUUUCUGGAUAUUACCUUCUUGUCACUGAAUCUAUAUUGGAGCUAACUAUAAAUGUGCUCCUCAUCUGAAAGUAGAAAAUACCAAAUAUAGAGAAUUUAAAUUGAAAUUUGAAAGAUAAAAUCAGAACAAAGUAAAAAGGAAAAGUAUUUAAUAUCCGCUAUUAAAAUAGUUUUUUACUAGAGUACAAGAAGUAAAAUCAUUUGGCAUUAAUACAGUUGCUUACUAAUUUAUAAAGAGUCAGAUGUUCGGUUUGUGCUAUUGUGUGAAACAAUGCAAGGGGCGCUGAGUAUUAAAUAUUUUCCAAAAACAAAACGUUUUAGGAUAUUGAAAAUUUUCAUUUUUCACCUAUUUAUAUUUUCAGCCCAAACAUCAAAAUAGUUAAAUCUUUAUUCAUGUUUAAGGAAAUACACAUGAAACCUAGUUUACGAUAUAAGUCACUAAGGAAAAAAAUGUAGGUUAAGUUUUUAUCGAAGCAAUAUUUAUACUCUAUUUUGAAAGCAGGUUCAGUCCAAAGCUGUAAUUUUAUAUUUCAAAUACUCAUAAGACUUCAACAGCACGUACAUCCGCUCAAAUAGUGUCAUAAGUCAAAAAAUCUAUCGAGUAAAUAGCGUUUGAAAUGAAUUCAUUUCAUUUUUCCAGCACGAAUAGUACAAUAAAAGAUAUGUUUCAAUUUUUUGACUUAUGACACUAUUCGUGCGGAUGUGCCGGUAUAUGCUGCCAAAAUAUACUAUGUCUCAAUACUAGUAGCUUUCCAAUUACACUAUUUGAGCACUCAAUCGAGCAAAUGGGUGCACAAUGCUUCAAACCCAUGGUCCAAAUUGUCGUUUGAGUCGAGCACAGUUGCGUUUUCCCCGUGCCCCUCAAAAACCAGAUAAACGUUUGGGCUCCGUAAGCUUCAAAAUUGUGCUUUAAACACUGACUGUAGAAUUGAGGUUAUGUAGGCAUAUUUCAAAUUCAUUUAGAUUUACAUUUGUGUUUGCUUAAAACAAAAUUUUCUUUCGGAAUAUGCAUUAUUACUCAAUGAAGAAGACUAUAAAAGGGGUUAAGCAGGUAUAUAUAGUAAAACAUAUAAUUUCAAAAAAAUACUUCUGUAGUAUUCGUAUUAUGUAUUCAAUUAAUCGAGUAUAUUUUAUCUUCAACACGGUAACAAAUAAUUAAUUUGUGACGUUUUCAAAUUUGAUACUGGACACAAAACUUACCGAAGUUUGUUCCAAACUAAGUUGGAAUCUCUAGAAGCGUUGGUGAUAUUCAUACUGAACACACUCUUUACACUACCCUACACCAACACUUACAAUUGCAAUGUCUGACGAGCAUUUCGAUAACCAAGUUAUCGUCUUCAGAGACUGUUUACCUGUGUUGAAGUAGUGGUGGUGUAAACAGUGUAUUCGGGAAGUUUGUCCAAUUAGGGUUUUGGAAUUCCGCAUUGUUUCCAAUAACGGGGGAUUAACUUCGUAACAGCAGGAUCCUGCAGGAUACCUUUUUCAUGGAAUUAAAAAUAAUAAACUGUAUUAUGGUUAUAAUCAACUUAAAAAUACAAAAAUCAACAACGCCUUGCUUACUAAUAAUUGGCUAUUUAUUUCACCACUUCGGCUACUUAUUUAAUAAUAAAAGCUCCUGUUACAUAAAAAAAUAUCAAUAUUUGGUAGAACUUUGUAGGUACUUUUGUACUAUACCAGUUCACUAAAAUUAUAAAUUCUAAUCUUUAUCUGAGGUAAUAGUUAUUAUCAGUAUGUUUUAUUCACAAAGAGUAUCAUAUGAAUUUAGUUUACUAAGUCUUUCAAUUUUUCUUACCAAAUAGUUACUCAUAAAGUUAGAAAUAUGAAAUAAUCCAAUAAUCAGUCACUUCUUUUUUGAAAAUAUGAUUUUAAGAAACAAAUGGCAUCCAUGGUUUUAUCUCACAAUCUACUUCUUAUAGAACUAUAUAUGUAGCCAGCAGCCGAAAAUCCUCCUUUUGCCUCUACACUUGUUAGCUUGAUAGUUAGUUGGAAUUUCUGGACCCGUUGGUGAUGUUCACUGAACACACAGUUUACACUACCAAUACACCAACACUCAUACUUGCAAUAUCUGACAGGCGUUUCGAUAACCAAGACUGAAGGUAAACUGUUUUGUUUACUGUCUAUUUUACCUUCAGUCUCUGAAGACGAUAACUUGGUUAUCGAUACGCCCGUCAGUCAGUGUAAUUAUGAGUGUUGGUGUAGUGGUAGUGUAAUAAUUUGAUAGUUAAUAAAUAGUCAUGCAACAAAAUCAAAUAUUUUCUUUCACUCUAUCGGUUUAAAAUGCUGUUAUUUCUGUCUUUAAUAUUUUAUCAAAGUUUCUCUCUUCUGUAAUUUCUGUCUGUUUAAUGUAAUCUUCAUUUUAUUUUUUUAGAUGCAUUUAUAAUUUCUCUUGUAAAGUUGAAUUAUUUUCCAGAGAUAAUUGGCUAUUAUCUACGUCUACAUCAUGUACAAGUUCUGUGUUUUCAACGUCGUCUUUAAUGACUGCAUAAAAUGUUUCAUUUCUUGCCGGAACUUAUCCUUUUUUUGGUAUUACAAAUGUAGGAUUUGGCAUUACAAAUGUAGGAUUUGGCAUUUUCAGUUAUUGGUCAUACUUAAUUGGAUGCUGUUAGUAAAUCAACAUAGCAGUAAUUUCGUUGCGUCUUUUUUUCAUUUUUGCACGUAGCACAACGGAAAGUUCUUUACUUAAAAGUGUAUCCUGCUUUUCCAACUUCUACAAAAUAAAUCGAAAUGUUGUUUCUUCAGUUAUUAGGAUAGACUCUCUUCUACAUAGUACUUGAACGCCCAAAUUAAAGGGUUGUACGCUAUCAACAUUUUUGAUUUUGUACUAUCCUUCAUCCGUAAAUUUUAUUUCAGAUGCUAUGUCGAUGAGAGCUGAGUAACAUAUCAAGAAACCUGUUUCAGCGUGUCCGGCAGUCUAUAAUCAAGCUUAAUUCUUUUCCUGUAUCUUCUUUCACAUAUUUUUGCAAACACAUAUCAUCUUUAGCUGGCGAUCCUCGGAAAAUCCUAACCACUUUUCAAACUUUUUGAAUAAUUCAGUAGAUUCCCGAUUAUCCGAGGUAAUUGGUACCGGGACCACAAGGUUAAGUUCAGUUAUCGUGAAAAAGACGUAAAACCUCGUGAAAGGUUUCAAAACUGGUAUAUUGGAAGCAAAAACAAAUAAUUAUCACAAUUACAGACCUGUAAGCAAGGGGAAACAUAGAUUAUUUCUUAAAAAAGUCUUUGAUCGUCUUCUGAGAUAACCUCUUCCCUUGAUUGGACGAUACAAUGUUGCGCAACGCUGUAGAAAUAGGAUGUCGGGUGGCGUACACUCUUCUUGUUGCUCUCUGAAAGCAAGAGCAACGUCGAUCUCCUUCAGCCCGUCGGUGUAUUAUAUUUUGGGAGUUAUCUCGUCCUUAUUAUCAUCUUCUUCACUGUCUUUAGUACCGGUUACCAUAUUGAUGAUUUCUUCGUCGGUAAUUUCCAUCUGUUUUUGCUGUUGAUCUUCAACGGGUAACUCAUUGGCUAAUUCGAUUAGUUCACUCACGUUCUCGGACUGAGGCGCUUUUUUGCAUGGCCCGUCAAUGCCAAAUAAAUUUUUCCAAGAUUUUUGAACGGUGGUUGUUUUUAUCUCCUUCCACGCUGAUGCAAUCUAGUACGACACAUCUUUUAAUGUGACUUGUUUUAGUCUAGAUGUUGUAUAAGCAAGAUUACAUUAGAGGGUAGAAAGAUUGCCUUAAUACCACCACUGCACAGUUCUUGGGCAUCAGGGCGAGAUGGCACAUUAUCUGAUAGUAGAAAAUCUUUCCUGAGAAGCUUUUUUUUAUCAAAAACUCUUCGGUGACAGGUACAAAUUGUAAAAUCAAUCACUAAAUAUCGGGCCGUCCACCAAUGCAUACCUUUGGUUGUGGUAGUGGACUUUUACAUUUUUAAAGGCUCUAGGUUUUUGGCCUAUCCAAUAAGCAGCUGCCUCAGCUUUAAUGAGCCAGAAGCAUUAGCUGUAGCUACUGUCGUUACCCACUCUUUGAUUUUUUUUAAAUCCAAGAGCAGUCGUUUCGGAUUUUGUUGCCAAGGUUUUAAAAGGUAUCAAAAAUUAACUCUCGUUUUGUCGGAAUUAGAAAUAUGAUCUGAAGUUAAUCCUUCCCUAAUCCAAUACGAUGUUCAGCAGUACAAGAACCAUGUAUUCGAAUCAGACCAAGAUUCAAAUGAGUUUCUUUGUGAUAAACAUUUACGUUCAAAUAUUUUUGUCGAAUCUAAACGAAAAUCUUUGUAGAUGUUUCUCGAGAUGUGCAAAUUCGAUAAUCAUUUCAGCUUUAAUCGCGUUUGAAAAAUUCAUAACUGUAGGUCUGAUUGUAUUAGGAUAGGAGUUGGGGAAUUAAAAUCCACUCUUCGAGAACAAAUACCUCAAAUCUGAAAACGUACAAAAUAUAUUAUGACUAAAACCAUUCUAGAAACUAUUUUUUUGCAUUGAAUUUUCUCUUAUUAAAUAGCCUUCGAUAGUUUUUUUUACUUUUCUUCUUGGGAAGCUCUUCUCCUUCAUCAAUAUUAUGAAAUGAUGACGACGGUGAGGCUACUUUAGAUGAUACCUCCGUGUUUUAUUGAGAUGAUUAUUAAACAGUGUUAAGUUCUUAAGUGAGUUUUCAGGUUAGUGGUAGAACGUUGGCUAACUUUUAAAAAAAUUACAACAUAGGAGACAUUUUGAUUUCCCUCCUUCCUCGUCGAGCCCAUUGGUUUCGUGACAAAGUGCUUAAUAAAUUGGAAAGCAACUACUGUAAUUGGGCUUUACAACUUAUUGUGUACGAGGUCUGGCUAUAAGUAACGAGACUGCACGCAUAGAGUGCGUCCUAGACGGGUGGGGUAAAACCAUGUGUGACGAAAAAUAGAAGCAACGUAUUAAUCUCAAAUUUCUCGUUAAAUUGGGAAAAACUCCGACUGAGUGCUAUAAAUGGUUUCAAGAGGCCUAUGGGGACAAGUCUCUAUCUCGUGCACGUGUUUUCGAGUGGUGUAAACGUUCUAGUGAGGGCCGAGAGAGCACUGAAGAUGACUAGCGCCCAGUUCCCCCUGUAACAAAAGUCUGUGCGAAGCUGGUGCCAAAUAACCUGACUCCUCUCCAAAAGCUCUUGCGUCAACGGAUCUGCUCAGAUUUCCUUGAAAGGUUAGAAAAAGAUCUGCUUUGAAAGGGACCCGAUUUGAGUCAAUGGAAGCGGUAAAGCAGAGCAGUUCCUAAAGGCUCGCACCAAAUAAGACUUCCAGCACUGUUUCGAUCAAAGGAAAAAACGUAUGGAAAGGUGUGUGGCGAGGGGAGGGGACUAUAUUGAAGGGGGGCAUUCGAAUGUAUGAUAAUUUUUAUAAUAAAACCCCUUUUCGUAACCAGUCUCCUUAUUUAAUAGCCAGACCUCGUUUGAACCCCGGAAUAUUUCAUCAUUAUCUAUUCAUAAAUUAGCUAAAAUGAGAAAACGCUGCGCGAUUUGCAACUGCCCUACUACAACGAGAGGUAAAAUGCAUAAUUCAUGUUCGAUUAACGAACGUUCCCUUCUUAUUUUUUAAUUAUAUUGAAAUGUGCCUUAACCACUUUCAAAAUAAUAAUCUUAACAAAUAUUUUAUUAUUAUAACCUCUAUUUUAUAUUUUCUUUCACUUUCCAAAUAAUUGCCUACAUAUUUUUUUGCUUCUGUAAAGCAUCAACACAUUUUUGUGGCAUAGAAAGUAACUAAGCUUCAUAUAUAUUUCUUUUUAUAGGUAUUUUCAGUUAUUUCAACAGAUAAUUCUAUUAGUGAUGAAUUAUCGUUUCCUUUGCUAAUAAUAAAUCAUUCUGCUUUAGACCUGUGUCAGGAUUUAUCUGUGGCAAUCAAAGGAUUUUGUUAGAAAUUAUAAUAAAAUCAUGUUUUUAUACCUAUCCAAUUUAAAAAUGAAAUUUGUUAAAAUGUUGAUGUUUUUACAGUCAAUAUUUUAACAAUAUUUUCAAAAAAACUAUGUAUAAUUGGACAAUGCUCAAUUCAAAAAUUUCAAACCAAACUCUUCAAGUUCCGCAGCGGUUAAAGUAGAGUGCGAACCCACACAAUAGUGAGCUUAGAUUAACACUAAUGCAGUUAUUUGUCAGGGUAACUGAAAACUCGAUAAUAAAAACAUUAUUUUGACUGGAUGAGAAAAAUUGGACAUUUUUUCUUAUUCCGUCCUCAUCUAAAAUUAAUCAAAUCUAUUUUUAUGUGCUGUAUAAAAUUUUGCAAAUGAUAGGACUUUUUUUAAAAGAUAACUUUCACUUUCCCGAAUUUUUUGAGGGACUUUUGAAAGUGACCAUUAUAGUAUAAACAAAAUAAUUAGGAAAUAAAAUCCUAAAAUGUAUUUAAAUGUGUAUACGUUCUUUUUUUGUAUGUAUACAGUACGUCGCAUUCAAGAUAGAGAUAAUCUCAUACUUUCACUGAUUCAAUGAAAUUUUUUUAGUCAUUCGAACACAUUGCAGCUUUUUUAUAUAAUUUUACGUAAGAACAAAAUUGUUUUAGGUGUUUUUUUGUUGUUGUGUUAGACUAAGUAAUAAUUUGAUACGUUACCAGUGUCGUUUCCGAAUUUUUCAGUAAAAUGAUUUCCUUCUAAAAUCUAUUAAGAUCAGUAGUUUUUCUAGGCGAAAAAGAAAUAUAUAUUAUUAUAGUAUCCUGACCAAGUAGUAAAUUUUUUGACGCCAUCAGAAUCUGUCCUACAAGUAGGACCAAUUUUGUAAUAUUCGCCAUAUAAAAGAAGAAGUGUCAAUAAAAAUUAAGUAGUAGGAAAUAAA